UGUCGCGUGACGUCACGGGGGCCUAGCGUGGAGCGGCGCGGGCCUCGGCUAAAGUUUCUCUGGGAAAUAACCACGCGAGUGAUCCUACUACCACCACGAGUAGCAGCAGCACUAAUACCGAUCAUUAUACUCGGCAGAUGUUCUAACCGUCGUUAGAGAUACAGCGGUGACACAGCGGCCAUGCCGAAGAAGAAGACGGGAGCGCGGAAGAAGCUGGAGAGCCGCAAGCAGCGGCAGAAGGCGCAAGAACUUGACAAGGGCCGCGUGGACGUGGCGAGGCACCCUUGCAACGCGCCCAUGGAAUGCGACAAGUGCCAAAGGCGACAGAAGAACAGGGCCUUCUGCUACUUCUGCAGCUCAGUGCAAAAGCUGCCCAUGUGCGGCCAGUGUGGAAAGACCAAGUGCAUGCAGAAAAGCUCGGACUGUGUAGUUCGGCACCCUGGCGUGUUCAGCACGGGCCUCGCCAUGGUGGGUGCCGUGUGCGACUUCUGCGAAGCGUGGAUUUGCCACGGGAGGAAGUGCCUGAGCAUCCACUCGUGCCCGUGUCCUCUGGCUGAUGCCGAGUGUGUGGAGUGCGAACGUGGCCUCUGGGACCACGGAGGCCGCAUUUUCCGCUGCUCAUUCUGCAGCAACUUCCUUUGUGAGGACGAUCAGUUUGAACACCAAGCAAGCUGCCAGGUGCUGGAGGCCGAGACCUACAAAUGUGUAUCCUGCAAUCGCCUCGGCCAGCACUCCUGCCUGAGAUGCAAGGCGUGCUACUGUGCGGAUCACGUGCGGAGUAAAGUGUUCAAGCAGGAGAAGAACCACAAUCCGCCCUGCCCCAAGUGUGGCCACGAGACCCAGCAGACAAAGGACCUCAGCAUGUCCACGCGGAGCGUGAAGUUUGGCCGCCAGUCGGGGGUGGGCGACGAUGGCGGGGAGGACGACGACAGCUACGGCGGCUACGGCGGCUACGGCGGCUACGGGGCCACUGGGGCCUCUGCCUGGGGAGGCUGGGGCGGGGCCACCGCCUCCCGCUCCCCUGACGAUGACGACGAUGAGGAAGAUGACGACGACGACGACGAUGACGAAGAAGAGGAGGAGGAGGAAGAGGAAGAGGAGGGCAAAGCCGGUGACGGCAAGGUGGCCGACAAGGUGAAGGAGGCGAUGCCUGCAGGAGGAGAGGAGGUGGAGAGUCCGUUCGGAGCAAUGAACCUGGGCCGCACAUACGCCAGCGGCUAUGCCCACUAUGAGGAGGAGCAACCCGAGUAGCAGCGAUGACCGCUGUACCUGGGCUCAAUUACAGUUGUAAUCGUGUCGUUAAUCGUAAUGAACUGCAAUCGCAGUGGCAUCGCGGUCAUAAUUUGAGCUCACAUGGCCACUGUCAUUGUAAUGAUAAUUGACCCCUAGGUCUGAUUGUGGUGGCGGUCGAGGUGGUGGUGGUGGUGGUGAAGGGGCUUGAGGUCAUUCUACACGUAGCAAUGUUUACAAUGCGAGUCUUGCCCUCCAAGUGUGUGUGUGAGUGUGAGCGUGUCCUUGCUUGAAUUCAGUGAUUCUCAUGUUGCGUUCCCAUCACCAAAUGGUAACCAGGCUACCCUGACCCAGGGAAUGGCACCAGGAACUGUUCUAGAGCCAGGUCCACACCUGAACGAUCAGUUCUGGAACGUGGUCACAUCACGCAAAUUACGGUCAUCCUCGCAGCAGCGGCUUUUGGCUAACCAUCGAACAAAGGUGGUCACUGCAUCACGCGCUUUCAGAUGUGCUUCUGCGGCUACCUGGAACACUUCCAAUUAUAGGAAGCCACUGGAGCUACGCACUUCUAAAUCUAAAUUGAAAACUCAUUUCUAUCGAACCGCUUUUUGUGUUUAGUAUCUUGUCCUUCCCCCGCACCUCCGAUUAGCACAGUUAGCUACAUAUGGUCCGAAAGAAAUUAUUCAACUGAAUGUGGAUGUCUCUGCUUUGUUUAAAAUUCUGAAUAUUCAAGAGCGAUCCGAUUGCGCAAGUGUGCACCCACGCCUGGUGAAUGGUGGGGCUCCCCUUGGCCUCAGCCCUUCUCCCUGUGCUCUACCCGGUCGUUUAAUGGUGGUCAGGGAAACGUUUGUUAAAAAAAAAAGAUUCUGACACGCUAAUUUAGCUACAGACGAGGUCAGACUAAUUUGCAUUCAAAUUUAUUUUUGUUAUUUUUCCCCCGUAUAUCUGAAACGUUCAUCUGAAAAGUGUUCAAAGAUUUAUGGAUAGACAUACAUUCUUUGAAAUACACUUGACACAAAGAGGAACGUGUGGAUCGGAGGGAAGAGGCACAAAUUUUAGACAUUAUUGACCAUCAAGGAAAGUAAAUGGGUAUCGACAGGACACGUCACUGUAAUGGAUAAUGACCAACGGACGAGACUGGCGAUGGGAACGGCAGGCAAAGAGAAUGUGCCUGAGAGACGGAGCAGUGAGGUCAGCAGAGCGAGAUGGAUGGUGGCAUCGCGAGCAUGAGGGAGAUGGCAUGGGGAGGUCUUCAUCCAGCAGUGGAUAGACCAUGGCUGCUGAUAAUAUGAAGCAUGUCGCUGGGUUGAACACAAGCGUGUCUCUUCAGAGUUGAACUCGAGACAUCACAGCGGAAUUUAGGGUCAACUCGAGCCUGAGAGGUCGUGUGGUUAGAAAAUGUGGCCCUACCUCUGUCUUUGGCAACCAGUAGGGAUUGGUACAGCGGAGAAGUUUUUUAGUUCAACAAACGGUUACUGAACACAGGCCCAUUUAUGUCAAGCGAUCGUCGGUAACAACACGAUUAACAUAAUUGUAAUAGGUAAGAGUUCAUAUGAUUCUUCAUUUGGAAAUACAUGUUCUCUGGUCAAACGCUGUUCUGGCACAGUUCCCCAGUUCUCGUGGAAAUUUGACAUCUCCAAGCCUAAAUUUUGCCUGGAAUGUUUUCGUGAAAUUAAAGAAAUGUCAAGCGGCGACAGAGCAAUGAAAUGUAACCUGAAACCAAACUGCCAUUGAAUGCCAUCACUUGCUUAACGUGACCCAACACCUCAAAGUUCCACUUCAAGUAAAUUGCCAUUAGUUCCUGUGAUGUCAUUUCUCAUGAUGUCACUGUCAACUCUCAGUUAUCCAGGGUAAUGGGAGGGAGGGGUUGCCUAGAUAAAACAAUACGGAUAAUGUCAAACAAGAAAAUUAGUUAUUUAAAUAUUUGUUCAUCUACAUAUAAUGGCGGUGAGAUCGGAUGCCAUCCAUUUGUAUCCAAGUAAUCGGUUACUUGCUGACCUAUUUACAGUUACGUGAGAACUUAAUAAUUAACCCGCGGGUGCAUGAACAUUUUAUUAUUUUCUGCAAGGUUAAUCUGCAAUCUGGAUAAACCACCCUCGGAUAUCGAUAAUGUACUAUUUCCCAUUGUAUAAUUCCUGUGAAGGCUCUACAGUGUGGAAUGAGCACACGAUUGACGGCAGAGCAUUGGGACGGCUUCGACACUAAAGUCAUCACUGACCAAUGACGGACACACCUCCGUUGCACUCCUGUUUGCAGAUUGGCACGCGAUGUUACGCAGAUCAACUCUUGGUGACGGUCGUUCUCUUACCAUUCUGUAAACUCGCUCUGUGGCAAUGAGCACACGUCGAGUGAUAUUUUGGGCACGUUCAGUAAAACGCUCGCAAUGAACUGUUGGCCAGUGUUGUCAUUUGAGCAUGAAAGGCAGAUAUGCUGAGUGUGUCGACGGGGCAAACUGCUGAGUACAAACUAGGAUUGUUUAAUAAAGUUGUAAUUUUGCCCAGCAUUACAAUAACAAAUAAAUCCCACCUUGUGUGCAAAUGCAUGUGCUUCAGUUCAAUAAAGUGGAUAAAAUUGACAGUCA